AUGAGAACGAAUAACUCAACAGAGGCCUAUCAUCGUCGAAUUAAUUCAAUAUUUCAAUGUUCUCAUCCAACACUGUGGGUUUUUCUUCAAAAACUUAUUGAUGAACAAAAUGUUACACAUGCUAAUGUAGUUCAUAUAAAAUCUGGACAACUACCAAAAAGCAAGAAAAAGAAUGAACGUUUUGAAAAACGACUAUUACAUCUAAUUUCAAAUCCUCAUCAAGAUAUUCUAACUCAGCUCGACUCAAUUGCUAAUAAUAUUUCAUUAUAA